AAUAUAUACCUUGAGUAUCCGCUUCCUAUAACAGCCAUGGAAUAUGAUCCGACCGGCCGCUAGGGCUCCCAGCGGCGAUCUGAUGCUCCCCGUUCCGCCAUCUGAGCUGCGGUUCGAUGAUGCCCGGAUACGCAGGGCAAGUAGGGGUCAAGUAGGGUGGAUGAGGAGCUGUCGCCGAAGGUGUUAACUCGAAGCAAAAGGUCUUCUACCUACAGCGAAAGAUUGAUCGGUGACUCGGCAGUGGCCGAUAGACCUGCACAGGAGUGAUAUCUGGAAGAUUGAGUUCACUAGGUUUCAUGGUUCUCCUAGCGGGGUUGAUGCAGCCAGCAAGAGCGCAACAGAUAAUUCGUGGGGAAUGACAUCCUCCUCGACAGCCGAUGAUAACAGCUGGACCAUGAAAGCGGAGAAGAAGUUGGUCCGUUCCCGGCGUCAAUUCGGUUCCUAUCAGAACACUGGAGAAUCGCGGUUCCUGCAAUGUGACAAGCGGUGUCUGGGAGAGUCGGGAAGUGCAUCAGCAUGUCUUGUUGUCGAUACUGAGGAAUGCAUUCAAACCCAGCAGGGAAAUGCCCAGAAGUCGUACAGAUCGAGUUGAUACUGACGACAGUUGAUAGCAUGUCAGAAGAGGCCUGGGAAUGUUGAUGGUGGCAAUCUCGGACUCGAAUCAGAGGGUUGUUGCCUUCCAAGGUACAUAAGUACAGGCAACCUCUGUAUAUGCGCCUAAUUUUCUCUUCCCUUCACUUUCGAGAAUGCCGGAGUCUCCAGUUGACGGUAAGAUCCACCCGUCCCGUCCGGUUGAGGGCAAUCCUCAUCCAUCCUUUCCCUUCCUGAUACAUACCUUGCGCACCAUCUCCGCCGGCUUCCCCGCACAGUCCCGUUCAACGCCUCACCCUAGCCUCCUACUUUCUCCGGCUCGCAUCCAGGAAGUCGGGAUCCC